CGCAAAACUCACUGCCACGGAGUUGAUGCUGACUCACAGCAGCCCCCCCAGGACAGGGCGGGCGGGCGGCCCCGUGAGUCCCGAGACUGCAGCUGCUUACAAGGGUGGAAAGCCCAGUCUUUCUCCCGAGGAUCAGCUGGCAGUUUCGAGGGGCCCACCGUGCAGUUAGCAGCCUAACGCGUCACCGCCAUGCCACCCGGGCGCCUCAGACCAGUCCGGCCCUGAACCGCACAAGGGCACCAGCCGUGGCCCGAGAGCCUGGAGAAGUGCAGGGUGCCGGAUCCACGCAGACACCAACCUCCAGGCGUCCACAGCCUUGCAGGGGACUCACAUGACCCAAACCGUCACACAGCUGGGAACCCUGCAGGGGAUUCCCUGGGGGAGGGAAUGAGGGGCAGCCAGGGCCCUCUGUUCUCAGGUACAGGGAGGAGGCGGGGGUGUUUGGAGAGCUGGGAGGCCGGCCGUGGGGCCAGGGCUUGCUUGGGGCCUUGUUAUCCACACGGAGGUUCUGGAAGCCAUGGAGUCUUCUGCAGUGGCCUCUCAAGAUCGGGUUGGCAUUUUUUAAAGGUUGUUCUGUUGGCAGUCAUGGGGAAGAGCCUGGGUGGGGUGCGUUGCUCUUUGAAUGCCCAUGGUGCCCAGAAGCAUGAUUGCCCAGGUCCCUGUGAUGCCCAGCGGCAUAGCAGUCCAGGUCUCCAUGGUGUCCAGCGGCAUGGCUGUCCAGGCCCCCUUGGUGCCCAGCAGCGUGGCUGCCCAGGCCCUCAGAGCAGCCUUUUCCUUGUUCUAGCAUCGGCUUGGGGACCCGUGAGCCUGUGUACAGCUGCCCAUGGAAGGGGUCGGAUGGGGCCACCAGCCCCACAGUGAGGACCCUGCCGGGGCCCGUUGACCCUGGGAGCAUGGCGGCCAGAACUGCCCUCCUCUGGAGCUGCGCCGGCUGAGCCAGGCCUGCUCCCCUGGGCCCUGGGUGCCGUCUGCCCCUAGCAGCCUCAGCGAGCAGCUCCCGGAUGGGGCGGUGGGCCCUGGACCUGGCCUUUGUGUGGAAGGCGGUGCUGACCUUGGGGCUGGUCCUGCUCUACUACUGCUUCUCCAUCGGCAUCACCUUCUACAACAAAUGGCUGACGAAGAGCUUCCACUUCCCGCUCUUCAUGACCAUGCUGCACCUGGCCGUCAUCUUCCUCUUCUCCGCGCUGUCCCGCGCGCUCGUGCAGUGCUGCAGCCCCAGGGCCCGCGUGGUGCUGACCUGGGCCGACUACCUCAGGAGAGUGGCUCCCACAGCACUGGCAACAGCGCUUGACGUGGGCCUGUCCAACUGGAGCUUCCUGUACAUCACCGUCUCCCUGUACACAAUGACCAAAUCCUCCGCUGUGCUCUUCAUCCUCAUCUUCGCGCUCAUCUUCAAGCUGGAGGAGCUGCGAGCAGCUCUGGUCCUGGUGGUCCUUCUCAUCGCGGGGGGGCUCUUCAUGUUCACCUACAAGUCCACGCAGUUCAGCGCGGAGGGCUUUGCCCUAGUGCUGGGCGCCUCCUUCAUCGGCGGUAUCCGCUGGACCCUCACCCAGAUGCUCCUGCAGAAGGCUGAGCUUGGGCUCCAGAACCCCAUCGACACCAUGUUCCACCUGCAGCCUCUCAUGUUCCUGGGCCUCUUCCCGCUCUUUGCUGUGUUCGAAGGUCUGCAUUUGUCCACCUCUGAGAAACUCUUCCGUUUCCAGGACCCGGGCUUGCUCCUGCGAGUGCUCGGGAGCCUCUUCCUGGGCGGCGUUCUCGCUUUCGGCCUGGGCUUCUCCGAGUUCCUCCUGGUGGCCAGGACCUCCAGCCUCACGCUCUCCAUUGCGGGCAUCUUUAAGGAAGUCUGCACCCUGCUGUUGGCGGCACACCUGCUAGGCGACCAGAUCAGCCUCCUGAACUGGCUAGGCUUCGCCCUAUGCCUCUCCGGGAUCUCCCUGCACGUCGCUCUCAAAGCCUUACACCCCAAAGGUGGCAGUGCCCCAAAGCCCUUGAAGGGGGCAGGCUCCAGCCCCGACCUGGAGCUGCUGCUCCGGAGCGGCCAGCAAGAUGAGGAGGACAACGAGGAGGAAGAGUACUUCGUGGCCCAAGGGCAGCAGUGACCAGCCCGGGGGCCCAUCCAGGGAACGGGACCAGGAAGGCGCCCGACUGGACCUCAGGGACAUGGGGAAACUAGGUCAGAGCCCCGGGCUCCCACCUUCCCAGCAGAGCUGGUACGGCCCACAACCUGGUCUGAACGGAGCUCCGCAGCCUGCCCCGGGCACUGGGUGCCAAGGCUUCCUUCCAGAGGCCUCACGGGACUCGGACUCCACAGCGGGCUGGUGUGGUUGGGCAGGCAGCGGCGGCGGCACCUCCCCACCUGGAGAGUGGCCGUGCUCCAAGAGCAGACUAAUUUAUAGUUGGGAAAUAAGUGCUUUACGCUCCACCGGCCACCCCAGCUGCCCAGAACCUGCGCUCCCUUGGCCUGGAGGCGUGGGGGCAGGGAGGGCACAUGGAAGCCACCGCUCAUAAUCCCGGCCCAGGUGGCAGGUGAACGCUGGUCUGCUAACCGCACAGUCAGCAGUUUGAGCCCACCAGCUGCUCUGAGGGAGGAAGGGGAGGCCGGCUGCUCCUAUAAUGCUGGAGCCCACACUGACUGCUGUGAAUCACCGUCAGCUGGCAGGCGGUGGGCUGGCUUUGGUGUGGGGCUCCUCCUGAGCCCAGCAGGCUCACUUUGCAGACGGGAAUAAAACUGUCCACUAAGCA